AUGGAAGCCUUCUCGGACUGGAUCCAAAAUCAGGAGUUGGUAGACUUACCCCUGUUUGGAGCUACAUAUACUAGGACUAAUGGGCGCAGGGAUCAAAUCCAAUCGAGAUUGGAUAGACUCCUUUCGACGGACUGGCUGGAGGGUUUCCCUACCUCCUCUCAACUGGCUCUUCCCAGGACCACAUCGGAUCACUGUCCGAUUAUGUUAUCCACGGAAGAAGAUAAUUGGGGUCCUAAGCCUCUCAGAUUUAAUUCGGCGUGGCUCCAGAUUGACGGAUUUCAUCAAAAAAUUGUGGAAUGGUGGUCCAUCUUCCAAGUUGAUGGCUUUGCUUGGCAUAGGUUGUUGUGCAAGCUCAGACUUCUCAAGGAAAGGUUAAAGGAAUGGAAAGAAGGGGAACUUCGCAAGCGUCAUGCUGACACUGAAGCUUUGUUCUUUGAGCUCCAACGUCUCGACGAGGAAGCCAAAGGUGGUUCCAUAUAUAUUAAAAGAUUGUCCAGGUGCAUUCAAAUUAUCCAAUCCUUGUCAGCCAGAGCUUUGGAGGACGAAGUCUCUUGGAAACUGAAAUCUAGGGUCAGAUGGAUUUCAGAAGGAGACAGGAACACCCGUCGUUUCCAUUACAUUGCCAACAUGCAAGCUCGUGCCAAAAGCAUCAAUGUCGACGGUACUCAGAUAGAUGAUAAACAGGAAAUAGCUGAGCAAGCUAUCCGUCAUUUCCAAUCUCUUCUGUCCUCUGAAGGUUGGAGCAGACCCACCCUUGACGGCAUCUCUUUCGAUCAGCUGGAAGACACAGAGGCGAGUCUCCUCGAGGUCCCGUUUUCUGAAGAAGUUAAAGAGUCUAUGGCUUCGCUGGGAGUGAUAAUUCCCCUGGCCCAGAUGGUUUCCCCAUGGUGUUUUUUCAAACCUUUUGGGAGAAUGUCUGCCAAGAUAUCUUAG